UUUACUACUUUACUGACUAGGUUAGGAAGCAUGUGUUUAAUUUGUGGGAAAUAAAUAACAAAUAGCAAAAUGGUAGUGAAGACACACAAAUCUAAUCAAGAACCUACGAAAUAUACCUUGACUAGAAAGGCCGGGAGGAGUAUUAUUGACCAUGCCCCUGUAUUUUCGCCUGAUGAAAAAUCUUUAGUGGUAAUAGUAGAAAAUAUCGUUCGGGUGUAUUGUGUUGAGACAGGAGACUUAGUGCGAACCCUUGAAGCUGACACAGACAUAGAUGCACUGAUUGGCAUUUGUUUCGACAAGGAUGGCUUCAAUCUGUAUGGUUGCUCUAGAUGUGGUAUGCUUAUAACAUGGACUUUGGAAAGUGGGACUGUGCUUAGGGAAUAUAAAUUAAAACUCGACAAUAGAAAAGUCACCACAUUUGAUUUAGUCGACAGUGAGAGAUGCUUUAUAACUUCAGUUGGUAAAGAAAAUAAAAUAUGUCUUGCUACAUUCUAUCUAAAGAUUGGUGUAUUAGAAGCAGAAUUCAAUAGCAAGGACAUACCUUACUUUGGGAGUGUCAGGGUGGCUAUAGGAUGGUGUAACAGAGACAGAUUUGCUGCCAUAUCUAAUUUAACAAAGUUUCUUUUCAUCCAAAAUUUGGAUAAAGCACAUGUCCAUGCCUAUCACUCCAACUACAAUGAGUUCCGUAUUCUGGAUGUGGCGACGCAUCACAGCGAGCCUGCCGUGGCCGUUGUGGAUACCCUUGGAAGAGCUACCAUUUUCAGAGGCAACCUCUUCCACUACCAGGAAGUGGCAAGGGAAGUGUUACAUUGGCAUUUCUUGCCUGCAUUUGCUGUGCGAUUUUCUACAUCAGGUGGAUAUCUCAUAACGGGAGGCAUGGAGAAGGUAUUGGUAAAAUGGACCAUAGCUAACUUGUCCAACAAAGCUGGCGCAAAGGACUUAAUCCCCAGGCUGCCGGGAAUCAUUAGAUACAUCGCCGUCAGCCACUCCAAUAUUGCUAUUACUCUAUCUAACAACUCCGUGGUAAUAGCCAACGCCCAAAUGCAGGUACACUGCACUAUUGUAGAGUGCGGCGGACUGUCGUCUGUAGCUCGGUCCACGGGCGGCGCCUUAGUGUACCAAAAGCCAACCGGCUGCCUGUUUAUGGGCGGACGGCCGGGACACCUGCAGAUGUACUCCACCAAGACAGACAAAAUGCUCUUCACUCUUGACAUAACACAAACGAACAGCAUCCCAUCAGAAUCCAAACACAACCUCAUACCGCUAGAAACAGAAGUGACUUGCGCUGCAAUGAACUCGCUCGGGACCUGGCUGGUAACAUCAGAAUACCGACACGACGGCGUAUUAUACCCAGAGGAGAGACUCAAGUUCUGGUCAGCCCAGACAGGGCCAAACAGCUUCGUCCCCUUCAAACUUGCAACUUGCGUUAACCUAUCCCACGGUGGAUCAAGAGUUGUAUCCAUCGCCCUAAAUAGCCAAGCUACGUUUUGCGUUACCGCAGGCACAGAUCAGAAAUUCAGAAUAUGGAAGCGAGUACAAAUCCAAAUUUUCAAUAAGCCAAAGGGUUCCUGGUACUGCUAUACAGCGUGUUAUUACUCGUCUGGAGUCGCUCAGUUCUCGACAAGCAGCGUCUACAAUGAUAUAAAAAAGUUCGAAGUGAAAAAUCUGUUUGAGAAAGUCGAGCUGCCUUAUAUGAAGGCGGUUGGUAAGAAAGACGAUCUUAUACUGAGGAUUAUGAAUAUGCAUAAAGAAACUACAGGCACUCAAAAAAUCGAAUCGGUAGAGGUUGAUUCUGAGACGGAGAUGGGUGGAGUGGCGAUAUCGCAGGACGGUUCACUUAUAGCGGCUUGGUUUGGUUGUAAACUGACGCUUUGGGAUACGCAUUUGUGCAACAUGAAGACGACUCUGUCGCACCCGGCGCUGCGGCCCAAGGGGAAGCAUGUGCAGUUUGGAAGCCAUGACGCUGCUCAUUAUCUGGUGUGCACAACAGAGAACUGCUUGGCAGUGUUCAGUCUACUAUCUCUGUCCGUCAAAUGGCUAGUGCGGAUCAGACCCACGUGUCUGGUCGCCGACGUCCACUCCAACAAGAUGGCGAUAGUUACCGACGAGAAUGACGUGAUCGUAUUCAACCCGCAUAGUUCUGCACCUAUCGUGAAACAGAAUCGAGUGUUGGACCCUAAGACUGGUGUGAUCAACGUCUGCACAUUCGUUCAGUCGGCAAAGUACGAAGCGCGUCUGUACCUGAUGAGGAACGAUUCGGAAAUCUACUGUCUCGAGCCCGAGCAGACCAAAAAAGGCCAGCUAGAAGUGAUCUCGCACGCGAACCUGCCCACGUCCAACUUUGGAGCCCUACUGGCUGAACAGCAGGUGUCCGAAGUCACGCCCGCGCAAGCAGGGGAAUUGGAAGAACUUAACCAAGAUGCUUUGGGAAGUGGAGCCAUACAACAGUUCCUGUCAGCCGCGCCACACAUGCUACCGCCAGUCAAUCUCAUUUGCACUGAAUUCCUCGAGCACAUAUCCGGGCAAGAAAUCGCCGAAGACCCAGAGGUCACAGACAAAAGUAUCAUGGAAGUAGACCUUCAAUCUUCAGACGAUGACAUAGAAGAAGUUAAGGUACAUGAAAAGCCUAAGACGCAACUAUGGACACCGAACUAUGAAGCGAUUAAGAAGAAACGGUUAAAGAAAAUACUUACGACGCCGUUGCUUCGGGAGGAUGCGGCGGGGGCUGUUUUUGGUUUAAGUAAAUAAAGCUUUUAGUGUA